AUGGACGGUAUCGUGGAUUUCUGGAAGCUUCCAUCGCCAGUCGCAUCGUUAUCCACGUCAGAUCCUCCUUUCCGGCUCAUUGACUGUCACGCGCACACCUACCCUUCUCAGUUCCCCCACACCGACUUCCUCCCUCUCCUCCGCCGCGCUGCUGCUGGGUGCGUCUCGCACAUCGUCACGCUGUCUCUAGCAGCAGAGCUGGGUUUGCCAGUCAAUGUUCACUCUCGGAGCGCGGGACAUCAUGCCAUAGAGGAGAUUAUCCAAUCAGGACUUCCUGCCACGUCAGCAGCAUUGAUGCAUGCGUUUGAUGGGCGGCUUGUGCAUGCCGAACGGGCUGAACGGCAUGGCGGUUUCUUCUUUUCUGUGCCACCCUCUGUCGUCCGGUCACCACAGACACAGAAACUCGUGAAGGGCCUUCCUCUUUCGUGUCUUGUGCUGGAGACGGACUCUCCGGCGCUUGCUCCUGAAAAGGGUGCCACAAAUGAGCCGUGCAAUAUUGUGGUAUCGUGUAGGGAAAUAGCUCGUAUUCAUGGCGUGACUGUUGCUGAGACAGCCACGGCCUCGUGCCGUGCCACCUUCAGCUCAGUGAAGCUCGAGUCGAAGCUCAAGAGGUCCGUCAGCCUCGCUGUGCAGCCCGCCUUUGCCUGGAAGUCUGCUGGCGUCGCUUCUACGGCCUCUUUCAAGGGAGUCGGCUCGGUUGUCGUCAGAGCGGUCGCUGAGGACGUGCAGGGUGGCGGAAACUACGGUGCUCCCCGCGAGAUUCCAGGCACCAAGAUCUAUGUCGGCAACUUGCCGUUCAACGUCGACAGCGAGUCGCUCGCUGAGAUCUUCCAGGAGGCUGGCGUCGUUGAGCUUGUCGAGGUGAUCUACGACAGGGACUCUGGUCGCAGCAGGGGUUUCGGUUUCGUCACGAUGAGCACCCCUGAGGAGGCUCAGGCGGCCAUCGAGAAGUACGACAGCUCGGAACUUGGCGGCCGCAUGCUCAAGGUCAACAUGCCCGUUCCCCGCGGCGAGCGCGAGAGGGGUGCUCGCACCGAGAGGCCACGUGGCGAGAGGCCCCGUUUCGGCGGCGGAAACCAGGGUAACAAGCUCUACGUCGGCAACCUGUCGUGGGGCAUGGACGACAUGGCUCUGGAGGAUCUGUUCGCUGAGUUCGGCAAGGUGCUCGAGGCCAAGGUUGUCCUGGAUCGCGACUCCGGCAGGUCCCGAGGGUUCGGCUUCGUGACUCUGUCGAGCGACGCGGAAGUGCAGGAGGCGAUCUCGAACCUCGAUGGAGCUGACGUUGACGGCAGACAACUGCGGGUCAAUGUCGCUGCUCCCAAGGUUUGA